AUGGCAGCAGUACCCGUACCCGCGGCUUCAGCCUUCAGUUCUCACCGCCACUCAGUUUGUAACUCGAUUAAGGAUUUAGGGUUAGCAACCCCUUCCUCCUCAGCUCUUCUCCUCUCCAAGACCAUAGCCUCGCUGCCUCGGUUUAGUUCAACCCAGUGUUUGCCGUCGAAUCUGCUCCAGUUCCGCGACUCGUUCAAGUCGCCUGUGCCUGUCGCUCCUCCUCCGCUCAGCUCAUCUAGUCGUCUCUGCCAUCUUCGCAAGUCGCAACUCGUCGAAUCGUCUGAUUCGUCUCAGCAUCGCUCCUCCCUCCGCCACCUCCGCCACCUUCGGUCGACCCUCUCCUCCUGUGUCGUCCUCUCUUUGCUCCCUCCAGUCCUUGCAUUCACAACCUUCGCCGCCACUAUCGCCGCCUACAACUCCGCCGUCUCCGUACACUUCCUGCUCCCGGAGUAUUUCCCGAUUCUCAGGGCUUCUUCUCUACCUUACCAGCUCACCGCACCCGCCCUGGCCCUCCUCCUCAUUUUCCGAACCGAGGCUUCAUACGCAAGGUUGGUACUCAGAUUUCAGAUAAUGGUGUGAAAGAAAAAAUUAUAC